GGGGGGGGGGGGGGGGGCGUUUCCCCACGCCGCGCUUUUUCCUGCCCCGUCUGCGGCCGCUCCUUCGAGUACCUGUCCUACCUGCACCGCCACAGCAUCACCCACUCGGAGCACAAACCCCACGUCUGCCUGGCCUGCGGCAAAGCCUUCAAGCGCAGCUCCCACCUGGAGCGCCACAAAUUCACCCACCUGGGGCAGAAACCCCACGGCUGCUCCCUGUGCCCGCGGAGGUUCCGGGAUUCCGGGGAACUGAACCACCACCAACGCGUCCACACCGGGGAGAGGCCCUUCCAGUGCCCCCAGUGCCACAUGAGGUUCGGCGAGCGCAACACGCUGCUGAGGCACGCCAGGAGGAAGCACCAGGGCAGGGGGGCAGCGCCGUGA